AUGUCUUUAUCAACACUUGCCCACCAGGACAAGUCGCCACCGCCAGCUCCUCCGCACGACACAGUCGGCAGACCUUACCACCGACCCUGCCCAGGCCGGCCAUUCCAACCACCUUUCACUCCACACACUGACCUCCACCGCUCUUCCGUCCGCGGCUCCAAACGCAACCCGACAGCCCUGCACCACUCCAGCUGCUCCCCAGUCCAAACGAGGCAGCACGACUACAAACCCCCAGUCUCUGUUCAUUAUCUAUCUAUCUAUCUAUCUAUCUAUCUAUCUAUCUAUCUAUCUAUCUAUCUGAUUUUGUUCAUUAUCUAUCUAUCUAUCUAUCUAUCUAUCUAUCUAUCUAUCUAUCUAUCUGAUUCUGUUCAUAUCUAUCUAUCUAUCUAUCUAUCUAUCUAUCUAUCUAUCUAUCUAUCUAUCUAUCUGAUUCUGUUCAUAUCUAUCUAUCUAUCUAUCUAUCUAUCUAUCUGA